GUUCUCUGUCUUGACGUCAAUAAAUUGAUAAACCGGGACAUCCACUCAGCUAGUUGGAUGAGGAAUACAGUAGUUGUAGCGAACAGUACGGACGCCUGCAGGACUUUCUCCCCUCACCAUUGGCGUCAGCACCAUGGCUGGCUUCAGGCAGGAAGAUGUUGAGCUCUACUACGAGAUGGGAGAGGAGCUGGGCAGUGGACAGUUCGCCAUCGUCCGAAAGUGCAAGGAGAAGAGCACGGGCGUCGAGUACGCAGCCAAGUUCAUCAAGAAGCGGCGCCUGUCGUCCAGCCGGCGCGGUGUGAGCCGCGAGGAGAUUGAGCGCGAGGUCAAUAUCCUGCGGGAGAUCCAGCACAGCAACAUCAUCACUCUGCACGACAUCUUCGAGAACAAGACGGACGUGAUCCUGAUCCUGGAGCUGGUGUCCGGCGGGGAGCUAUUUGACUUCCUGGCUGAGAAGGAGUCUCUGACCGAGGAGGAGGCCACGCAGUUUCUCAAGCAGAUCCUGGACGGCGUGCACUACCUCCACUCCAAACGCAUCGCUCACUUCGACCUGAAGCCUGAGAAUAUUAUGCUGUUGGAUAAGAAUGUUCCCAACCCCAGGAUCAAGCUGAUUGAUUUUGGGAUCGCUCACCAGAUCAAAGCUGGAAAUGAGUUCAAGAACAUCUUUGGGACUCCAGAGUUUGUCGCGCCAGAAAUAGUCAACUACGAGCCUCUCGGCCUGGAGGCAGACAUGUGGAGCAUCGGAGUGAUCACAUACAUUCUACUGAGCGGAGCGUCGCCGUUCCUCGGCGAGACCAAGCAGGAGACUCUGACCAACAUCUCGGCUGUCAACUACGAUUUCGACGAGGAAUAUUUCAGCAACACCAGCGAGCUGGCCAAGGACUUCAUACGCCGCCUGCUGGUCAAAGACCCAAAGAAGAGAAUGACGAUUGAUGACAGUCUGGAGCAUCCCUGGAUUAAGGUUAUCAAGAGGCGAAACGUGCGCCAGGAGGACCGAGAUCACAAAACGGAGCGCCGUCGCCUGAAGACCACCCGGCUGAAGGAGUACACCAUCAAGUCGCAUUCCAGCAUGCCUCCCAACAACACCUAUGUGAACUUUGAGCGAUUCUCCCAGGUGCUGGAGGAGAUCGCUGCCGCGGAGGAGGGCCUGAAGGAGCUGGAGCGCAACCAGCGCUCCUGCCAGGAGGACGUGGCAGCGCUGCUAUCCAUCUACGAGGAGAAGGAGGGCUGGUACAAGGAGGAGAACCAGAGCAUCUCCACCGACCUCAGCCACAUCCGCCAGGAGCUGCAGCGCUCCCAGACGCAGCGCAGAAAGUGCCAGGAGGACGCCCGGCUCACCAUGCAGUCGGCCAACAACCUCAAGCGCAAGUUUGGGCGUCUGGAGAACCGCUACGACGCGCUGGCUGAGCAGGUGGCCUCGGAGGUCCGCUGGGUGGAGGAGCUGCUCAGGUCCAUGUCCGCAGAGAAGGACGCCCUCGAAUCCGGCAGCGUCCCCUGAGCUGAGCCGCCGUCCAGCCAAGACGUUUUCUCUCUACAGCUUCGUCUCGCCCUUCUGCUCUGCUUGUUCUCGGAGGAGAUGAGAGUCAUCUCCAAGCGCUUUGCUGCUGCUGCUGCUGCAUCUGCAUAUCUGGAAAAUCUUCCACCAUUUUCAUCCCACAGGGAAGGACGAGAAUCUAAGAGGCAAAUAUGUUGAAGCCACUUCUGCAGAAGAAGACUCCGUUUUUUUUUUUUUUUUGUUUUUUUUUAUACAUUAAUUUAUGAUUUCUAGAUAUUUUAAUGUACCGUAAUUCGGCUGUUAUUUCAAACCCUGUUGGCGAGGAAGGAGAUGACUCCCAUUCCUUUGAGUAUUUGUAGCCUGGUUUGUCAUUUUAAACACUAGCUAGCUUUCAAUUUAACCCUUUCUGUUCCAGUCGAGCUUCACAAUAUAUGUAAUAUUAUCAGAUUUCUGAGGGAUUCAGAUGUGUUUAUUCAUGCAGUUACAUGCAUGUCUGGACUUAGUGUCGAUGCAAUAAAUUUAAAGCCUCAGCACUCAAUAUAGAGCUUUAGGGUAGCGCUUUAUUUUACAUGUCAUGUAAUUUAAAUUGGAUCACCUGCGAACCAUUGAAACCGUUUUACAGCUCAUUGGUGCCAAAUAAUUUAUUUUAGCAGGAGAAUAACUUGAUGUAGGUUUGAAUUUACAGUAACUACUAAAAUAAAGCAUUAC